AAAAAUAGAUAAGAAUUCUCUAAUACUAUAAAGUCGAUUUUUUUAACGAAACAUUAUUUAUUAUUCUUAUUUUAGGUCAAACAUCAUCACAUAAAACUCGCGCUCCAUCUCCUCCUGCUUUCAAAGAUACAGUAACUACAACUCUUAAACCUGUACGAUCAACAAAAUCAUUAGAAAAUACAAUAAUAUCAGAACCAAUACAAAAUCUUCAUUCAAAUAAAUCUCAAUAUUCGACCGUUACAUCAACUAAAAGUUUUGAUUAUUUAACGGGACCACGAAAAUGUAUAUUGAAAGUAGAUCGUGCUAAAGGUCUCGGUUUUGUAUUAUCAGCUACAGGAGAUUAUGAUCAUACAAUCACGGGUGUAGAACCGAAUUCAUCGGCUGAUCUUGCUGGUCUUCAAGUAUCAGAUGCAGUAUUAGAAAUAGAUGAUACAGACGUGACAAAUGUCAAAUAUGAAGAAGUUGUUGAAAUGCUUGUACGUGCAAUGAGAACAAAAGAUCAAAUUGAAAUGAAAGUGAUUGAUAGCAGAAGUCGGGAUUAUUAUACAGAACAACAACAAAAUGGAACACAAGACAAUAAUAUAGUAUUAGGAACACUGAGCCCACCUACAGUAACAACUCAAACUGUUCAAUCGACUCAUUCGGCGCUUACCAACGAUAAUUUAUCAGAUGUUACAAGUUCAAUUGGUGGUUUUGACACUAUAAAUCAACAAACAAUUGCCACAAGUUUUCCAAAUUUACCAGCACAAUUACAACGUGCUGAUCUUCAUAGUCGAACUUUUUCAGGAAGUGUACCAAGUGUAUUUACGGGUAUUACAGCAAAUACAAAUGGAAAUAUUACGUCACAAUUGACAGCAUCAGAAAAAGGAUCAACGGCUAAAUUAUCUGAUAUUUCGGUGCAAGAAGCACCCGUUGCACGUCUAUGUCGUAUAAGAAAAUUUCCAACAUCACCAUUCUAUGGAUUUUUUCUGUGUGGUGAUCCAAAAAAGUUAGGACGUGUAUUCAUAUCUGAUGUAACAAAAAACUCUCCAGCUGCCGUUUGUGGUCUACGUGAUGGUGACCGAAUUAUUGAAAUAAAUGGUCAAACAACUGAGAAUUUAAAAUAUGAAGAUAUUUUAGAAAUUAUUAAACAACAUACGUCCGAAGAUGAUCUUCAAUUCCUUCUUUUAGAUAAAAAAUCUUUACAUUGGUAUCGAGAAAAAAAUUAUCCUGUUAGUUCGAGAACAUUGCCAACAAUAAUUCAUAUUGAACCAAUUAUUAAUGAAGUACCACAAAGUGUAAAACCAACACCCGUUCCCGCUACAUAUACAAAAGUUGUCGGAUUCACAGAUCGACGAAUGUCAAAAACAGGACUCUAA